CUCAUUCUUCAUGAUAUUUAAAUUCACAACGUGGUUUGCAUGUUUCUUGGCCAUGGUACUACGGAUCUAUUCCCUUAACGUACUUUAUUACGUCUUUGAAUUUGUAGAUUGAACUUUGGUAAUGACUUACCUAGAAAAUUAAUGCUGUACUAAAAUGAUAACUUCUUUUUUUCUAAACUAUUUUUAUAAAAGCUUUAAAUAUCACGUAUUUUGAUAGGUGAAAUUAGAGGAUAAACAAGUAUUUUAAUCAGCUUUACUUUCAAGAAAAGAGUUUUAAAUUAAAAUGUUAGUCUGGGAGAAAGGGAAAUACCACUUAGCUGCAAUAACCAUCUUUAUAUCUCUUUUCUUCAAAGUUGGAGCUGGAUCCGCUGGAUCCACUGUCGCUGGUCGCCUUUCGGAAAUACAAAGCAUAAGCAUAUUGUUAUUAGAAGCUGGAAGAGAAGCACCAAUUCUAAAUGAACUACCACCCUAUGGGCUGAACUUCUGGUUUUCUGAUUUAGACUGGGCAUAUAAAACAGUUCCUCAAAAGUAUGCUGGAACAAAUCUUAAAAAUAGGCAAAUUGUUUGGCCAAGUGGAAAAGGACUUGGAGGGUCAAGUUUGUUGAAUAAUGGAAUGUAUGUUCGAGGAAAUAAAAAUAACUACAAUGAAUGGGAAAGACAAGGUGCAAAAGGCUGGAGCUAUGAGGAAAUACUUCCCUAUUUCAAAAAAAUGGAAAAUAAUACUGAUCCAAAAUAUGCUAAAAACGGAUACCAUGGAACAAGUGGUCCAAUAACUGUACAAAGCAUUCCUUAUAAAUCAAAACUAAGUUCUAAAAUUAUCAAAGGUGUAAGAGAAUUGGGAUACAGAAUACACGAUUCUAAUGGACCUAAGCAAACAGGUAUUUACAUUCCUCAAGGUGAUCUACGAAAUGGGCAAAGAUGUAGCGCCGCUAAGGCUUAAUUGGUGCCAGCUGAAAAUCGAACUAAUUUAGAUAUUCUGCCAAAUGCCUUCGUUUAUAAAGUAAAUCAAUUUAUUCCCAAAACUAAUUAAUAACUUUUUACCAACAGAAGAAAAAUGGUAAGUUUAGUCAAAUCUUCAUUUCUAACGAAUUUGUUUUUAAACAGUAUCGGAAGCUGUAUUUAAUUUUGAGGUGUAUGUCAGAAC